AUGGCCCAUGAGACAACUUUGAAACAAUCACCACUUCACUUCAAAUCCACAAAUGUUGGCGACAGUGUGACUUUGGAAUGCUUCUGUCAAGAUGAGGCAUUGAUGAUGUUUUACUGGUAUAAGCAAACUCUGGGAAUGUACCCAAAGCUGGUGUCCACAUUCUACAAGCAUAGCGCUAGAGCUACCUUUCAAGAUGAAUUCAAUAACCCUCAACGUUUCUCACUGGAUGCUACAAAUGAUAAAAAUCACUUGACGAUAUCAGAUUUGAGAAUUUCAGACUCAGGUUCUUACUACUGUGUAAUCAGCAAUUUCUAUACCUUUACAUUUUAUGAAGGCACUUUUCUUAGUGUAAAGGGUUCAGGUUUGAACAUCAAAGCUUUGGUCCAUCAGUCUAAUACCAUCCAACCCGGACAAUCUGUGAACUGUACAGUACAUACUGGAACCUGUGAUGGAGAACACAGUGUUUACUGGUUCAAGAACUCUGAAGAUUCUCAUCCAGGACUCAUUUACAGCCAAGGAGGAAGGAGUGAUCAGUGUACAAAGAAAGACAACAGACAAACACAAACCUGUGUCUACAGCCUGCCAAUAAAUAGCCUGAAUCUGUCUCAUACUGGGACCUACUACUGUGCUGUAGCCUCAUGUGGACGCAUUCUGUUUGGAAGCGGGACCAAGCUGGACACUGAGACAGGUGAAGUGAGCAUUUCUGUCUUAGUGUACUUGUUGGGUGGAGCUUUGGCAUUCACCACUAUCCUGAUUGUUUUACUGGCUGUCUCAGUCUACAAAAUGAGCAAAAGACCUUGCCAGUGCACAGACUCCAAUGUAACGUCUUCUGCAAGAAUUCCAGUGUCCCACCAUGAAGAGGAAGAAAACCUUCAUUAUGCUGUUGUAAGGAACCACAAGACCAUCAGAUCAAGAGGAAAUACAGACAGUGAAUGUGUGUACUCCAGUGUGAGGCAGUAGAGUUGGACUACGACAAGAUCUCCUUAUAUGUUUGAUAUCUUUAACAUGCACAUUUGUUAAGACGUCAUAUUAAAGCUUCCCUUGCAAUAAAGCUCUUCCACUGAGAAAAUUCCUGUUUUCUUUAAAGUGACUAAUGCCUUUUCUGCACAACAUUUACUCUCAGUAAGCCAGUACAGCCCAAUACUGUGCCUCAUACACUGAUUCCUUCUGUCUGUGUCAAAACACUGCACCUGAGGUUAUCAAACAAACCUGCAGCACUGACACUGCAUGUACAACGUGAACAUGAAUAAAACCA